CAUCAUAUUAACCCUUGUUUCUUUAAUUUCUUCUUACCAAAAAUGGUUCUAGCUGGCAAACUUAUUGCUGAACUUGGUAUCAAAACACCCGCUGACAAGUUCUUCAAACUAUAUGCAACAGAACUUCACGAAUUGCCAAAUCAUUGUGAAAGAAUUCAUCAUGCCAAACUGCAUGAAGGUGAAGACUGGCAUGACACUGAUACAGUUAAACACUGGACAUAUGUCAUAGAUGGUGAGGUACACACAUGUCACGAGAGUAUUGAAGAAGUUGAUGAACAAAACAAAAAAGUAAUUUGGAAGAUCUUUGGUGGAGAUAUUGAAAAGCACUAUAAGGCCUUUAAGCUCAUCCUUGAAGUAAGUGAUAAGGCUGAUGGAAGUGCUGUUGUUAAAUGGACUAUUGAAUAUGAGAAAAUCAGUGAGGAUAUUAAUCCUCCAAAUGCUCACAUGGACUUCUUAUGCCAAAACACUCGAGAUGUUGAUGCAAAUCUUGGCAAGGAAAAGGUAGCUCAAUAAGACAUAAAGAAGAAAGGAUGUCAAUGCAUGUGGUUUGCUUGUGUUAAUAUAUAUUCAUAAUAAAAUAGUGUGAUGUUUGUUAUAUUGGCAUAUUUUGCAGGUGUGUCGGCUAUUAGGCUCAUAUAUAAAAAGGCUUUUGUUAAUCUUUCGUUUGUAAUGCAAAUAAGUAAUGAAUAUUUUGUUAAUCUUUCGUUUGUAAUGCAAAUAAGUAAUGAAUAUUUUGCUAUUUAGUUUA